CAUUUAUGCAUACACAGAAAAAGUUUCUCGCUGUACUUUCUUUAUAUCCUACUGUGUGUCUGUGUGUAUCUAUCGAUUCUUUGCUUGAAAUUAUCUUCGUGUCAAGCUGAAGACAUAUGUAAGCUUGAAAUUUGGAGUGUAGAUUUGAAGGCAAUUUCCGAAGUGUUCCGAAGAAACCGGCGGUUAAGGCGUCGUCGAGGGUGAUGGCGUCCACGUCAGCAGCGCCGUCCAAUCCGGAUCGGACACACCCAUCUUCUUCUCCCACUUUACAUUCAUUUGCUGAUCAGCUUCACUCCGAUCAAGGUCUAGGUUUGGGGUCAAUGAACAUGGAUGAAAUCAUCAAGAGUAUUUAUGCAGACUCCAACACACUUGCUGACAGCUGCACCUCCUCCGGUGGUGCCAGUGGUAGCAAGACGGCGGAUGAGGUUUGGAGGGAGAUUGUGAGUGGAGGCGGAGGAGGAGGGAGUAGGGACCCGGAGAUGACAUUGGAGGAUUUUUUAACAAAGGCAGGGGCUGUGAGGGAGGAAGAUGUUAGGGUUCCGGCGAUUCUUCCUCCCCCUCCCCCUUCUGCAGAUGUUACCGGUGGGUUUACGGUGGACUCAAUGGUGAAUUCGUCGAAUUGUCAGUUUCCUGUGGUCAUGCAGAAUGGGCCCGGUGGAUUCGGUGUGGAGCCACCGCAUUUGGGGUUUGGAAACGGCGUAAUGGCUAUGGGUGUCAAUGGUGGCGCCAGAGGGAAGAGGAGGGCUACGGUGGAGGAGAUUCCCCUUGAUAAGGCCACUCAACAGAAGCAGAGGAGAAUGAUCAAGAAUAGAGAGUCCGCAGCUAGGUCCAGAGAACGAAAACAGGCUUACACUGUGGAAUUGGAGUCUCUGGUUGCACAAUUGGAGGAGGACAAUGCAAGGCUUUUGAAAGAAGAGGCAGAGCAGAAGAGUAAGAGACUUAAGCAGCUGAUGGAGAACCUAAUUCCAGUUGUGGAGAAGCGGAGACCACCCAAACUUCUUCGGAGAGUCCGUUCCAUGUGCUGGUAGUGAACUCAUCAUAUAUAAAAACAGUAACACCGAGGGACUGGUUAUUUACUGCGAUCUUAUGCCAAAUUUGCAAUUCUAAUCGAAAACCAGCGUGAACAGACGGUUAGAUCUCUCAAACGGAAUGUUUACGAACUCUCUACCCCGGGGGAUAUAUGAAGAUAUCAUAAGUAAUGUAAUUAACAGCGUGAAGCAAAUAUUAGUAGAGUGUAAUUAUUGGUUAUCUGCAGAAUAGCUUCCGCACCAUUGGGGUGGCAGGGAAGAAUGGUUAGUGGUGGGUGAUCUUGCUUGUCUAGCUACAUGAUAAUUUCAUUUUUUGAUGUGUUGUGAAGGUGACUUGAAAUUAUUUAAUUGUCUUAUUUUGGGGUUUCAUCAUUCAAUUCAAUAAAAAACUACAAGUACACACGCG